ACAAGCGAAAGGAAAGUUCAGUUCAUUUUUGACACGCCACCAAUAAACACCUUUUCGGUGCACUGCGUAAACAAAAGUGUGAAAAGUUUCGUGAACACAAUGUCCAGCGCUUUUACCAUUACCGAUAUUGAAUCUGAUCUGGCAUGUCCAGGAGCAUCCUCGUUCGUAGAGGUGCAGUUGAACGAUCUGGCCGAAUAUCCCCUGGUUGCCGAAACUUCCCUCAAACAAUUGAGACGACCGACGCCUGUAAUUGUGCCUUCGAAAUAUCGCAACUACGCCCAGCAAGUGCGCGACUUUCGCGUAUACGAGGAUGAUGUUUGGAUCGUGACCUAUCCCAAGUGCGGCACCACUUGGACACAGGAGAUGGCCUGGCUGAUCACGCACGAUCUCGAUUAUCAAACAGCACGAAACAUCAAUCUCAAUACAAGAUCCGUCUUUUUGGAAAUUGGUGCCAUCGCCGAUCGUAUACCGGUGGAUACAAUCACGGCCACGGCAAGCCUGAAGCGACCACGGCAUAUAAAAUCGCAUCUGCCACUUCCACUGCUACCCAAGCAGCUGUGGACGAUCAAGCCAAAGAUUAUUUAUGUUGCUCGUAACCCAAAGGACGUAGCUGUAUCGUAUCUCCACCAUUACCAAAUGAUAAUGGGCUAUCGCGGCACCAAAGAGGCCUUCCUCGAGGGGCUACUGCAGGACAGGGUAAUGUUUUGCCCCCAGGUACAUCAUGCGCUCGAUUUCUGGAACCUGCGACAAGAACCGAACGUUCUGUUUCUAACGUAUGAAGAGAUGAAGAAAGAUUUGAGAGGAGUGUUGCCGAGGGUGUGUCAAUUUUUUGGCAAAUCUUUCAGCGAUGAGCAACUGGAUGAACUGGCGGUUCACCUAUCAUUUGACGAAAUGAAAAAAAAUCCUUCAACAAACAACGAUAACAUGGUCCGCAGUGCGAUGAAAAUGAACGGUCGUGAAGGCGAGCAAUUUGAAUUUAUGCGAAAAGGAAUCGUGGGAGAUUUUCGAAACGAAUUGUCCGAGGAGUAUAUUGCCAAAUUUGAUCAAUUUAUAGCGAGCCAGCUUGCAGGAAGUGAUUUCAACUACAACUUAGAGUGAAUAAACGUUUUGAUAGCACAAGUUUGUAGAGCUAGAAUGAUGUUAUGUUAUAUUUAGUUAUCAAGCUAUAUCAAAAUAUAUAA